AUGUUGAAGAAGAUUAAAGUUAAACCUUUCUCUAAUCUAUCCAAGAAAACAAAGGCGACGAUGAUCAAUGAAGUUGAUCAUCGUCGCUCUGAACACUCAUACCGGCAAUCUUUACUAAUCAAAGAAUCCGUGGAGGAAGGAUCAACCCCCACGAAGAUCCCAACAGGGUUCUUCGCGGUAUAUGUUGGAGAGGAAAGAGAAAGAUUCGUCGUUCCAACGAGCUUUCUUUCUCAUCCCCUCUUCAAAAUUUUGUUAGAAAAGACCUAUGAUGAGUUUGGUUUUGAGCAAAAGAAUGGUCUUAUUGUACCAUGUAGUGUUUCUACUUUUCAAGAAGUGGUUAAUGCUGUGGAGAGUAACCACAAAAGGUUUGAUAUGAGGAAACUAUUUGAGGAAUUUGUUUGA